AUGGCUCUGGUCAACCUCACAUCUGCCCCAGGGUUUCUCCUCCUUGGCCUGAUGGACGGGCGGGACACCCACCCGCUGUUGUUCCUGCUCUUCCUUUGCGUCUACUUGCUCAACGCCCUGGGCAACCUGAGCAUGGUGGUGGUGGUGAGAUCCGAUGCUGCUCUGCGCUCUCCUAUGUAUUAUUUCUUGGGUCAUCUGAGCCUCGUGGACGUCUGCUUUACAACCGUCACGGUCCCCAGACUGCUGAUCGGUCUGCUCUGCUCAGGCCAGGCCAUCUCCUUCCAGGGCUGCUUUGCCCAGAUGUACUUCUUCGUGGCCCUGGGCAUCACGGAGAGCUACCUGCUGGCAGCCAUGUCGUAUGACCGCGCGGUGGCAGUGUGUCGGCCGCUGCACUAUAGCGCAGUCAUGACGCCGGGACGCUGCGCGGCGCUGGUGGGCGCGUCCUGGGCGGUGGCGCACCUCCACUCGCUGCUGCACACGCUGCUCAUCUCCGCGCUCUCCUACCCGCCCUCUGCCCCUGUGCGCCACUUCUUCUGUGACAUGACCGUGAUGCUGAGCUUGGCGACCUCGGACACCUCGGCUGCAGAGAUUGCCAUCUUCUCUGAGGGCCUGGCCGUGGUGCUGACCCCGCUGCUCCUGGUGUCGCUCUCCUAUGCACACAUCUUCGUGGCGGUGGUGGGCGUGCGCGCUGCUGGGGGGCGGCGCCGCGCCUUCUCUACCUGCGGGGCCCACUUGGUGGUGGUGUCGCUCUUCUUUGGCUCUGUCCUCUCUGUCUAUUUCCGUCCGUCUUCUGCCUAUUCCGCUCGCUAUGACCGGCUGGCCAGUGUGGUCUAUGCCGUGGUCACGCCCACCUUAAACCCUUUCAUCUACAGCCUUCGAAACAAAGAAGUCAAGGGUGCCCUCAAAAGGGGGUUCAGGUGGAAGGCUGCACCCCAAGAGUUGUGA